CACGUAUCAUUAGCAUUUUCUAUGUUGUGUGUGUUUGAAUGAAUGUUGUCGAUUGAAGUAAAUACCGCUUAAUUCGUACGUUUUUAGCUGACGGGUUCUUUUAACAGGGUAGAUUUAAUGCAAAUGUUGUAGUCGUAUUUUUAAUAAAGAUUUAAUCAUGAGUACAAAAAGAAAAAGUGAUUCACAAGUUCCGGCUGAAGAAAGUGACCUAUUACUCAUUCGUCCGUUGGGCGCUGGACAGGAAGUUGGACGCUCAUGCAUCAUGAUAGAAUUUAAAGGGAAGAAGAUCAUGCUGGACUGCGGGAUCCACCCGGGCCUCUCCGGCAUGGAUGCUCUGCCAUUCGUGGAUCUGGUGGAAGCGGACGAGAUCGACUUGCUUCUUAUCUCUCAUUUCCACUUGGACCACUGCGGUGCUCUGCCCUGGUUCCUCCAGAGGACCAGCUUCAAGGGUCGAUGCUUCAUGACGCACGCAACGAAGGCCAUCUACAGGUGGCUGCUCUCGGACUACAUCAAAGUCAGCAAUAUAUCCACAGAGCAGAUGCUGUACACGGAAGCUGAUCUGGAGACGAGCAUGGACAAGAUCGAGACGAUAAACUUCCACGAAGAGAAGGACGUGUGCGGCAUCAAGUUCUGGGCGUACAACGCCGGCCACGUCCUGGGAGCUGCGAUGUUCAUGAUCGAGAUCGCAGGUGUCAAGAUCUUGUACACCGGUGACUUCUCCCGGCAAGAAGACAGACAUCUCAUGGCUGCGGAAAUACCCAACGUACGUCCGGACGUCUUGAUCACUGAGUCGACGUACGGCACGCACAUCCACGAGAAGCGCGAGGAGCGGGAGGCGCGGUUCACCACGCUGGUGCACGACAUAGUGAACCGCGGGGGCCGCUGCCUCAUCCCCGUCUUCGCCCUGGGACGAGCUCAGGAGCUGCUGCUCAUCCUGGAUGAAUAUUGGAGCUUGCAUCCAGAACUGUACGAUAUCCCCAUCUAUUAUGCAUCGUCCUUGGCAAAAAAAUGCAUGGCUGUUUAUCAGACAUACGUCAAUGCCAUGAAUGAUAAAAUCAGGAGGCAGAUUGCUAUUAACAACCCUUUUGUGUUCAAGCAUAUUUCCAACUUGAAAGGCAUCGACCACUUCGACGACAUCGGGCCGUGCGUGGUGAUGGCGUCGCCGGGCAUGAUGCAGAGCGGGCUGUCGCGCGAGCUGUUCGAGACGUGGUGCACGGACGCCAAGAACGGCGUGAUCAUCGCGGGCUACUGCGUGGAGGGCACGCUGGCCAAGGCGGUGCUGUCGGAGCCGGAGGAGAUCGCCACGGCGUCGGGCCAGAAGCUGCCGCUCAAGAUGUCCGUGGACUACAUCUCGUUCUCGGCGCACACGGACUACCAGCAGACGAGCGAGUUCGUGCGCCAGCUCAAGCCGCCCCACGUGGUGCUGGUGCACGGGGAGCAGAACGAGAUGGGCCGGCUCAAGGCCGCGCUGCAGCGGGAGUACGAGGACGACCCCGACACGCGCAUGGAGGUGCACAACCCGCGCAACACGGCCGCCGUCGAGCUGUACUUCCGCGGGGAGAAGACGGCCAAGGUGAUGGGGGCGCUCGCGGUGGACCGGCCCCGCCCGGGCCACCGGCUGUCGGGCGUGCUCGUCAGGCGCAACUUCAACUACCACAUGCUGGCCCCCUGCGACCUCUCCAAGUACACAGACAUGAGCAUGAGCCAGGUGGUGCAGCGCCAGAGCGUGCACUACUCGGGCACGCUGCAGAUCCUCAAGUACAUGCUGACCCUGGUGGCCGGCCCCCUGGAGCCCGCGGAGGAGCGCAAGUUCCGCGCGUUCCAGUGCAUAGACGUCUCCGUCGAGGGGAAGGUCGUCACGCUCGAGUGGGUGGCGACACCUGUCAACGACAUGUUCGCGGACGCUGUUCUCGCUGCGGUCUUGCAAGCUGAGAUAAUAGACUCCCCGCCGUCGUUCUUCCCCGUGCAGUCGAAGAUGGACAGAAUGCAUUUCAAGGAAUGCCUGAUUGAAAUGUUGCAAGAAAUUUUUGGUGAAGAUUCCGUUCCAAAGAUCUUCAAAGGGGAAAAACUGUACGUUACAGUGGACGGCAAAAAAGCAAACAUUGACCUUUUGAAUCUGGACGUGACGUGUGAAGAAGACGAGACGUUCCAGCAGAUUGUUCAGACUGCCGUCACAAAGUUGUAUCAGUCGCUGUCCCCGCCUCGAACUGAAGCCAUACUAUGAAGAGAUUCAUAGAUUCAUGGAUAUUGAUAUUAAUGCCAUCAACUUUGUACAUAAGCACACCACUGAAAGUGAAUGUGGCCAAAACCUCCAUUUCACCGACGCAGUUCGAAGUUUGAGCAAGUUUUCGGCAUUAACCAGUAAAACCAUAUUUGACCCACUUUUGGAUCUACGAACCAUUAAAUUGGCUUAAAAUUUGCUAAUUCUUCUACUUGAGCAUUCGAAAAUCAUGUGUACAUGUGUCUAAAAAAUUUAGACAGAUUGUUGAUUCAUUAAAUGCAUUAACAUGUUACAUUUAAAAUGCUAUCCAACUGCACAACUGAAAAUUUGUGAAUUAAAUAUUUUAAAUUAUUUUUUUUUAAAAAAGUAGACAUGUUGCAAUAAAAAUGUAACAUUCAAGCAGUGUAGAUAUAAUUACUGAUAUUUUAAAUUAUUAAAUAAAAACUUGAUAGCAUUAUGCACAAACGUUAACAUAAUGCAUGAUAUGCAAUGCCACUGUGGUUCAUCUUUUCUGGAAAAAGAAAAAAAAAUUAAGACAUUUAAUGAAUUAAAUUGUACUAAGGAAAAGUCUUCAUCAGGGUGCAGGCACAGAUUCUUUUACGCUGAUCAUGCACACUAAUUUUCACAAAUCGACAAAUUUUUUUUCCCUCUGCUGCUCAAUUCACGUGUUCUCUGCGGAGAAGUCUGCUGUGUCGUGUUUGUGACGACAAACCCGCCUAGCCGCUGAACAAGCGCGAAGGAUCCGGAUUGAACUGUUGUGCUCCGCUCAUGUAUGUUCAAGUUCAUUCUCCUGCUUUUUUACCUCACUCCAGACAUUCAUGGUGCGAGGGAACUAGCCCAUUGGCCAUGGAGCUUGGCUGACUGUCCAUAGACCGCUCGUGACAGGAAAUCAUAAUAUGUACUAGAAAUUCUUUUUUUAAAUCUCCAUUUCAGGCACAGGGAUUAAGGGAAAGCCACCAGUCUUCUUCUGACUGAAAGCUGGUGACCAUGUUUUCACCAAUUUUAUGUACAAAUUAUUAAAAUUUUGAGUUGUUUUUUUCUUCCAUUUGCGAGUGGGUCAAAUAUUUGCCAGACUAAUUGCUGGAGUGAAGUAAGUGCCGUAAAAUCGAGGUUCAACUGUAUUGUAGCAAUUGUGCUGUUGUGAAAAUUAUUUUGUUUUAAUUUUUUUUUUUUUUAAUAAAUGAAUUAAAA